AUGGCACACUUCACCCCUUGCAAGAAGACGACGGAUGCUGUACAAGUUGCAGUCCCUUUCUUCCGCGAGGUUUAUAGGCUUCAUGGCUUGCCGUUAUCAAUUGUGUCGGAUUGGGACUCGCGUUUUCUCAGUCACUUUUGGAGAUCGUUGGAUUUAGUCUUAUGUCAGGUUGAAUUCGCUCAUAACCAUGCAGUUAACAAGAGUACUCGUUUCAGUCCAUUUCGGGUAAUCUACGUUAUUGUCCCUCAUGGUCCUAAUUAUCUUGGAGUUUCACCGGAUGUUUCAAGUGACCAUGGGCAGGCGAUAGAUUGCUUGGCAAAUGCUUCAGCAAUACACGUGCAGGUUCAUGAUAAUUUACAACUAUCAACUGCAAAGUACAAAGAAAGCGAUGAUCGACAUUGUCGAGAUUUCCAAUUUAAAGUGGGGGAUUGUGUGUGGGCUGUCCUUAAUCGGGAAAGAUUCUAUGCAGGGGAUUAUAACAAGCUGAAGUCUCGCAAAGUUGGUCCAUUGGAAGUCCUUGAGAAGAUUAACAAUACGCAUAUCGUCUCUUGUUACCUACGGAUGCUCGAUACUCUGACGUUUUCAACUUCAAACAUCUCAUUCCUUUUGUAG